AUGGCCUCGGCCAUGCGCCAGCGCCGGAGACCCGCCAGAAUGACGCUUUCGCAACAGGUCGAUCGAAAGCCCUCCGAAAGGACCAGAGGGAAUAGACCUGCGACAGGCCCUUUUGCUGGAAUGAACCAGACGGUUGCGAAUAUUCCUCCACGACGACGGUUAGACUCGCGCAUUCUCUCCAAAGGGAGACGAUCAAUUGAUGAAAGAUCUGCCAAUAGGCCCAGGAGCAGGCCUGUCUGGGCUGUUGCUUCCACAGGAGUUGAAGAUGACCCCGCUAUCCCUAACAAUGGAGACUCACAGGAGAAAUCAGCAAAGCCCACCCGGAAAAAGAGGAGCGACGAUGAUCGACCUUUGUUUCACGCCCUGAAAAUGCAGCAGGCCUUGACACCCAUGUCCUACGCUCAAAGAGACACCAUCAAGGCCAGGUUGGAGAAGAUCACUACCUUUGAAGAGCUUGGAUUGAUGCCCUAUGUCACCAAUAGUGUGUACACACAGUUGCUCCCUCAUUUGAAAGAAUACGCUCCAACGCCGGUGCAAAAGCUCGCCAUUCCCGCUCUACUCAGCAAAAGGGGCGCCUACGAGAAGGAGAAGAACCAAAAGGUCACUGGCAAGGCCCGCUUCGACAAGUUUCUUCUGGCCGCGGAAACUGGCUCUGGCAAGACAUUGGCAUACCUCUUGCCUGUCAUCAAUGCUGUCAAGCAGCAAGAGGAGCUGGAUAACAUACAAGAAGCGGAACGAAAAGCUCAAGAGGCAAAGGAGAAGGAAGAGCGCCUUCAAAACAACGUCUUUGCUGCCGAUCCAUCAGAGACUGAGAAGAAAUUCAAGUUUCACCCAAACACGGGCCGACCACGAGCUUUGAUCCUUCUUCCUUCCUCCGAAUUGGUCACUCAAGUAGGCCAAGUUGUCAAACUACUUGGCCACACGAUUAAAUACAAAUCCGCCAACUUCUCUUCCAGCAACUCUCCGACCUUGAUAUACAAAUCACUCUUUAAUCCGAUCGGCAUAGAUAUAGUUGUCUCUACGCCUCACUUGAUCGGAUCUAUUGCCCAAAAGGAGCCCAAUAUCCUUUCUCGAGUUCAAUACCUCGUUCUGGAUGAAGCGGAUUCCCUCUUGGACCGAUCCUUUGCAGAAGCCAGCGUCAAUAUAAUUGAUCGCUGUGCCCCCUCACUCAAGCAGCUCAUUCUCUGUAGUGCGACCAUUCCCCACAGUCUUGAUCGAUUUAUCGACAAGAACUUCCCUGACGCCAAACGAAUCGUGACACCCAAGUUGCAUACCAUUCCUCGUCGAGUUCAACUCGGAGCCGUUGACAUUGACAGAGAUCCUUAUCGUGGUUCACGCGACUUGGCCUGUGCCGAUAUCAUCUGGCAGCUCGGCAAGGCUGUGCACGAUGAUGCCCUUGCAAAGCACACAGUCAAGCACAUCUUAGUUUUUGUGAACCAGCGGGAAAAAGCUGAAGAGGUGGCGAAGUUUCUGGUCAUCAAAGGCGUCGAGGCUGUAUCCUUGACACGAGACACUACAGAGCAGCGACAGGCAGAAAUUCUAGCCUCGUUCACCGCUGUGGACAGGGUCGAAGGCGAAGACAAAGAAGAGAAAAAGCCGAAGAAAUUCUCCAGCUUCAUCCCCUUCGAUGAUACCUUUAAAGAAUUCAAGGAUAAACCGACAAGGCAUCUACCCAACACAAAAGUCCUAGUCGCGACAGAUUUGGCCUCCCGUGGAAUUGACACACUGGCAGUGCGUCAUGUUGUGCUGUACGAUGUGCCACAUACCACAAUCGAUUUCGUGCACCGCCUGGGCCGUAUGGGCCGUAUGAAUCGUCGAGGACGUGGUAUCGUUCUGAUGGGGCGUGAUGAUCGUAAAGACAUAAUUAGAGAGGUCAGAGAAGCGAUGCAUAAAGGUCAAGCUCUGAUAUAA